AUGGGACGCGAUACCCCGCCCCCGCGCGACAACGACACCGACUCGGCCUCGAGCGCGCCCAAGGCCCGCUCGCGCUGGCCCUUCGGCGCGCUCUCCGCCGAACGCCGCCUGGUCCUCAAGCUCGACCUGUCCAUGCUCGUCUUCUCCCUCCUCGGCCUGAUCAUGCGGUACAUCGACCAGGCGAACAUCUCGACUGCGUUCGUGAGCGGGAUGAAGGAGCAGCUGGGCAUGUUUGGGCUGGAGUACAAUUAUGUGCUUACGGCGUGGACUGUUGGCUACUGCAUAGGCCAGAUCCCCGGCACGGUCCUCCUCAACCGCGUCUCGCCGCACUACGUCAUCUUCGCGUGCGAGGCGGGCUGGUCCCUCAUGACGCUGUGCACGACGUGGGUGACCAACUGGAAGCAGCUGCUGUUCAUCCGGUUCAUGGUGGGCCUGUUCGAGGCGCCAUACUAUCCCGGCAUCCUCUUUCUGUUGGGCAACUGGUACACGCCGAGCGAGCUGGGCAAGCGCACGACGCUCUUCCAGGGGAUCACGAGCAUCGGCGUGCUCAUCAACUCGCUCAUGCAGGCCGGCAUCCACCGCACGCUUAAUGGCAAGCUCGGGCGCCCGGGCUGGCGGUGGAUCUUCAUCAUCGACGCGGUCAUCUCGCUGCCCGUCGCCAUCGCGGCGUUCUUCUUCAUCCCGGACUUGCCGUGGCAUAUCAAGCCCAACUGGCUUAUCAAGCAGGAGGACAUUGACCUCGCUAAGAAACGGCUCGACGGGCUGGGGCGCAAGGGCACGUCGCCGGACGGGCUCAAGCCCCGCGCGCUGUGGAACGUCCUCAAGAGUUGGCAUAUCUGGCUCUUCACCCUCACCUACAUCCUCUACAUGUUCAACAUGCAGCCGCAGAACAGCUUUGCCUUCUGGCUCAAGAACUCCAAGGACCCGAAGUACACGAUCGAGCAGAUCAACUACUACCCGUGCGGGAUGUACGCCGUGCAGUUUGUCAGCUGUGUCGUGUUGAGCUACAUCAGCGAUACGUGGCUGCGGGGCGCGCGGUGGCCGUUCAUGGUGCUCACGGGGCUCUGGCACUGCGUAGACUGCGCCCUCCUCGCAGCAUGGGACCCAUACGGCACCCACCGCGGCCGCCGCUGGGCGCUGUACUACCUCACCGGACUAGUAAACUGCACCCCGGGCCUCCUGUACGCAUGGUGCAGCGAGAUCAUCUCCGAGAGCGCGGAGAAGCGCGCCAUCGUGAUGGGCACGUUCAACUCGGUCGCGUUUAGCUUUACGGCGUGGCUGCCUCUCAUCUUCUUCAAGCAGACCGACCAGCCGUGGGUGCGUAACGGCAACAUUGCGUGCGCGGCCUUCAUCGCCGCCGAGGUGGCCACGAUCUUCGGCAUCCUCUUCCUCUCAAAGCGCGACGAGGCGCGCAAGGCGCGUCUCGUUGACAACAGCGAGGGCGAGGGCGACGACAGCGUGCCGCGCCUCACGCGCACCGGGUAUGAGGACAGUGAGGACUGGGACGGUAAGAAAUAG